AUACAGGACGAUCUCGCAGCAACUAAAUCCCCCGUCCAAAUUGAGCUGUCUGCAGGGCUUGAUCUUGGUUCCGCCACUACUACGAGUCUUGAUGGUGCUGUUUCUCCAUUAUUUUCAGCCUUGCAGACCAAGUGGACGCAGUCGGAGAAGGAUUUGAAGCCUGUCUUUCUUUUGCUAGUUCACAACGCCGGCAGCUUGGGCUGUAUCGAUUUGCCCGCUGACCAACUUACUGACCUAUCCCACAUGGAGACCUAUUAUAAGGCUAAUUUGUCUAGUCUUAUUUGUCUGACUUCCUGUUUUAUGAAGCGUCUAUCUAUUCUGAGCUCGACGCAUAUGGGCAGUAAGUUUUUAUGCCAUGACCAAACUGAUUUGAUUCACUCUUGA